AUUUGUAAAAGAGCCCUGGCAUUCAAAUUAGUGGAUUUGUUUUAGUGUUUACACCAAUAUAUAUGAAAAUGAAUUAUAUUCUAAUUAUUUUAAACAUGAACUUUGCUUUAUUUGAUUGAUUCCCUAACAAUUUUUUUCGUGAGAACAAUCUACAGCUCUGCUCGCAUGAUGUGAUUAUUAUACAAUUUCAAAGGGACAGAGGGUGCAUUCUAAGCAUAGUAGUGUGUUUGUUUAUCAACCCACAGUGAAUAUCAUAACAACGUACAAAUAUUUCAAGGAUGCAACUUAAUGUGAUCUUGUUGUGAUCCCUGUCUGGGGAAUUUGGCGGAUAUUGUCACAGUUGUUCACAUUUUACUUACAGAUAAAUGUUAUAUUUCGUUUUCGUUCUUGAUAUAACAAAGACAUGCUGAAAUUUGGUUGAAACAAAUAAAUAUGGCGGAUGGAUUGUGUGCUAAAUGUUCCAGAUACCUCUUGGUUGUCUUCAACUUUUUCUUUUGGGUAUCCGGAUGUGGAUUACUGGGAAUAGGAAUAUGGAUUUGCGUGGAUGACAGAAUAGAGGACUUUUUGGGAAACGCAAAUAUUGGUUUCCCAUUGGACUGGAUUUACAUUUUUGCGUACGUCAUAAUAGGUGUCGGUGGAUUUAUUUUCAUAACAGGAUUCUGUGGUUGUUGCGGAGCUGUGCGGGAAAGUGCGUGGAUGCUAGCUGGUUAUAUAGGAUGUGUCGUCCUUAUUCUAGUAGCUGAGUUAGUGAUAGGAGUGUACACCGCAGUGGAACGAAAAAAUUUGGAAGGAAUGCUUCAAAAUGAGCUGACUAAACUUGUGAAUGACUACACAUACCACGACAAUAAUAAAACGAUGGAUUUCCUUCAACAACAUUUUGAUUGCUGUGGUGCUAGAAAUUUUUCAGAUUACAGAGAUACUCAACUAAACAACGGGACAACUGCAAUUACAACUUGGAUCGUACCAAAAAGUUGUUGUAAAACAGGAAACACACAGAAAUGUUACGAUGAAGCCAGAAAUCUUGGACCACUAUAUACAGAACUAAGAAGUCAGAGUUGCUAUGACAGUGUAUUAGAUUUUCUGUAUGGAAAUGUGGUCAUUUUAAUCUCUGUUGUGGUAGCCGUGGCUGUUACAGAGAUCCUGGGAGUGAUAUGUGCAGUGAUAUUGUGUCAAAACAGGACAGACUAUUGGGAUUGGGACUGAUAUUCUUCUACAGCUGUUCAUUAAGAAACUCACAGAGGAUCUGUUUAGUUCAUUACUUUAAUACCUAUAGUGGACACUUGUCUCAGAAGAUUUUGUAUAUAAAAGCAAAUAUGAUGAGGGGAACCAAAAGCUCUGAUGAAAGAAGGAGAUGAUCUAGUGCAUAAUGAAGUGUGAGAGAAUUUAUGGUCAAGGAAUUGGCAGUAACAUUUCUGUUGAUGAUUCAAGCUUUGUUGCUUUGACCAAAUAUGGGAUAAUGUAAUGUUAAAUUAUUUUCUUGCUUUUACAAUAUCUUAUAAAGAAAGAAAUUUAAAAUGAGUGAUUUCAACUGAGAAAAUGAUGCAUACAGAUAAUGUACUUAAGUUUAAAUUGUACAUAAUUUUCAUGUCAUUGAACAUAUCAUCUUUGAAUGUAUACUGGAAGUACUUGUCUUCAUACUGUUAUGAUUGUACACAAUUAUAUCUAAAUGCUCAUCAAUUUUAAUUAAAAACAUCUUGUUUAUGUAAAGCAUCUGACAAAAAGGAGGAUAACUCUGGAUUUUUUCAUAGUUCUUUGUUUGUUCAAUUUCAUUUAUUUGGUCGAAGUAACACGAAUGCUCCAUGGAAUAGUAUGAUUUUACAGACAAUAAUGAAAAAAUACAUCAGCCCUUAUACAUUUCAUCCAUACAUUGAUACAAUCAAUAAUUUUGAUGUAAAUACAUUGUAUAUGCAGUUGAUUUUUCACAUGUUGCUGUUAUCAAUGUAAAAAUGAUAAAAAAGGAAUUAAAA